GAGGACCGCGCGAUAGGUCCAGCCGCCGCGGGACCCAGGGCCUGGCGUCUGUGGUUACCGCACGCACGCACACUUCGCCCAGAAUGAGGGUUGCGGCCCUGAUCAGUGGUGGAAAGGACAGCUGUUACAACAUGAUGCAGUGCAUUGCUGAGGGGCAUCAGAUUGUUGCAUUAGCAAAUCUAAGACCAGAUGAAAACCAAGUGGAGUCAGAUGAAUUGGAUAGCUAUAUGUAUCAGACAGUGGGUCACCAUGCUGUUGACUUGUAUGCGGAAGCAAUGGCUCUGCCCCUGUACCGCAGAACCAUCAGAGGAAGGAGCUUGGAGACAGGAAGAGAUUAUACCAAAUGUGAAGGUGAUGAGGUUGAAGAUCUCUAUGAACUAUUAAAACUCAUUAAGGAAAAAGAAGAAAUAGAAGGGGUAUCAGUAGGUGCUAUACUUUCUGACUAUCAACGUAUACGAGUAGAAAAUGUAUGUAAACGACUCAAUCUCCAGCCUUUAGCUUACCUUUGGCAGAGAAACCAGGAAGAUUUGCUCCGAGAGAUGAUAGCUUCUAAUAUCAAGGCCAUUAUCAUCAAAGUAGCAGCUUUGGGCUUAGAUCCUGAUAAACAUCUUGGGAAAACCCUGGUUGAAAUGGAGCCUCAUCUUUUAGAGCUUUCCAAGAAGUAUGGUGUCCAUGUGUGUGGAGAAGGUGGGGAGUAUGAGACAUUCACACUGGACUGCCCUCUGUUCAAGAAGAAGAUUGUCGUGGACUCUUCUGAAGCAGUCAUCCACUCAGCUGAUGCAUUCGCACCUGUGGCUUAUCUACGGCUCUCAGGGCUGCACUUGGAAGAGAAGGUGUCUUCAGUACCUGGGAAUGAUAAGACAACUAAUUAUAUUCAUAAUUCUUAACAUUUAUGCUGCAUUUUAAAGUGACUAUGACCAACAUGUCUUACUACAUUUUUUACUUCUUCAAAAAAAUAUAUUGGGACCAUUGAAUAGCUGAGAGAAUUUCAGUGAACUCUUCUCUGCUAUUGCCAAUUUCUUCAACUUACUGUCUUUAAAAAAAAUUAGUUUUAAAUUACUAUUAUAUUAUUAUUGUGCCACCCCUACUUUCCUCAGAACUGGACAAUAUACCCUCCUUUGCUACUUUUCCAAUUUCUGGACACCAUUUUCAUUAGUGUUAUUAUAUGCCUCUCUCUCUCUCUCUCUCUCUCUCUCUCUCUCUCUCUCUCUCUGUCUCUGUCUCUCUCUCUCCCUCCCUCCCUCCCUCCCUCCCUCCCUCCCUUUCCACACUCUUUCUCUCUGCUUGUAUGUGUGUGUGUGUGUGUGUGUCUUUCUGUUGCUGCCUUCCUCUCUUUCUCUACACACACAUACACACACACACACACACACACACACACACACACACACUUUCCUAAAUAUAUAAAUACAGCCUGUCCAGACUGUAUAGCAUGCCCUGUGUUGUGUUUUCAGGGUUGGCCAUUUGCUGUUGAAUAACCUAUUGCUGUGCUAUUCCCCCAUGAGCUUCCCCAUCUACUUUAGCAUGUCUGUCAGUGCCCUCCUUGUUCAGCCCGUGUUUAGGGAGCCAUGUUGGUGAGACUUCAUGGGUGCAGCUCCUGAGACUCCUGGGAGAAGCAAGCUCCCUAAUCCUCUGGCUCUCACCAUCCUCUACCUCCACUUUACUUUCACAUUGUAAUGAGUCUGGUGGCUUUUGUGUCGCAUGCCCCUUUAUUACCCUCUGUUUUCUCUCCAGCUCUCUGACAGUUCCUGGUCACACUAUUUUCUUCCCUCACUUCCACAUCCCAUGUCAUGAAAAGGGGCAUCAGAAAAUGGAGAAUCUGAUCUAGACACUCAAGCUCAUUGUAAUCAGGCGUCACCGCAGUGAUUUACCUUUUUUAUUUAUAUAUAUAUAUAUAUAUAUAUAUAUAUAUAUAUAUAUAUAUAUAUUCAUUAUUUGAAACAUUCAACAUCUUUGGGUAAUCAGAAAUAUCAUAAAUGGCUGGGUAUUUUAUGAUGGAUUUUAAAGAAUUUUUAAAUAGCACUUAUGUAUACCUUUUUAUACAUAAGUGCUUAUGUAUACAUUUUUUUAAAAGACUAAUUUUCUAGAAUAAUUUUAUGUUCACUUCAAAACUGAAUGGCAAACACAAAGUGCCCAUGUAUGUUUUCUGUCCCAUUGGAACACUGUCUGCCUCAUAUCAGCAUACUGUACUAGAGAGGUAUUUUGUAACUGAUAAACCCAUGUUGCAAGAUCCUUAUCACAGGUCCAUCUUUAACCAGAAGUGGUGGCUCCCCAUAUAAUUCCAGAACUUGAGAUGUUGAGGCAGGAGCAGUGUUAUGAGGUGUGGCCUGGGUUACCUUGGCUCAAAAACAAACAAAAAAGUCAUAGUUUGUAUAAAAAUCUCACAAUUGUGGUUUUACAAUCCAUGGGAUUUAACAAAUGUUCAAAGAUGUAUAUGCAUAUUAUAAUCCUAUAACACAACAGUUUUACUGCCUUAACAAUCCUGUAUGCUCCACCUAUUCAUCCGCUGUCUCCUCUAGCCCUGGGUAACUACUGAUCUCUAUGCUCUCUAGUUUUACAUUUUUCAGAAUAUCAUGUGGUAGCAAUCCUUCAUUCAUUAAUAUGUGUUUUGAUUUCCUCAUUUCUUGUUACAGCUGUUUCUACUUUUUGGCAAGUAUGAAUAAAACUGCUUUCAACAUUCAUGUACAA